CUAUUUGCUUUUUGUCAAACUUGUGGAAAGUGAGGACGGUUUUCAAAGAUGGGAAAAGUCAAGUGCUCGGAAUUGCGCACUAAGGACAAAAAAGAGCUCUUCAAACAACUGGAAGAGCUCAAAACUGAGCUUACUAGCCUCAGGGUAGCCAAAGUUACUGGAGGUGUUGCUUCAAAGUUAUCAAAAAUCCGUGUGGUAAGAAAAGCAAUCGCCCGUGUUUACAUUGUCUACCACCAAAAGAUGAAGGUUAACCUUCGCAAUCAUUACAAAAACAAGAAAUACAAACCCUUGGACUUAAGACCCAAAAAGACCAGAGCCAUGCGAAAAGCAUUGACUAAACAUGAAUCCAAAAUUAAAACCAGGAAAGAAAUAAGGAAGAAGUAUCUGUUUCCUCCUAGGGUUUAUGCUGUAAAAGCUUAAUAAACAACC